GAGCCUUUAUAAGGCCUUGCUCUCGCGCCGGCGGUCGGUUCCUCGCCCCUCUCCCGCGUUGCCGAGAACUAUCGCCAUGACAACCGCCUCUGUCUCCGCGCUCCCGCUCUUCCGAUUUGUGGCCCGAGCAGCUUCGGCCGGCCCCGCCAGUUGCUCCUGCCCGCGCUUUCCUGUCCCGCGGGGAAGUCGCCGGCUGCACCUCACGGCGCCCAGGAAUGAAGCAGUUGUCAUUUCUGGGAGGAAGCUGGCACGGCAGAUCAGGCAAGAAGCCCGUCAUGAAGUGGAGCAGUGGGUUGCAGAUGGAAACAAACGGCCCCAUCUCAGUGUGGUUCUAGUUGGUGAAAAUCCUGCCAGCCACUCCUAUGUCCUGAACAAAACCAAGGCUGCGGCUGAUGUAGGAAUCAGCAGCGAAACGAUCCUGAAGCCAGCCUCCAUCACAGAAGAGGAGUUGCUUGAUUUAAUCAGCAAGCUAAACAAUGACAGAAAUGUAGAUGGCCUCCUGGUUCAGCUCCCUUUGCCUGAGCAUAUUGAUGAGAGGAAGGUCUGCAAUUCUGUGAACCCAGAGAAAGAUGUGGAUGGCUUUCAUGUGGUGAAUGUGGGCCGGAUGUGCCUUGACCAAUACUCCAUGCUGCCAGCGACACCUUGGGGCGUGUGGGAAAUCAUCAAGAGAACGGGGAUCCCAACCCUUGGCAAGAAUGUGGUUGUGGCUGGCCGGUCAAAGAAUGUGGGGAUGCCCAUUGCGAUGCUGCUUCAUACGGAUGGGCGGCAUGAGCGCCCUGGAGGGGAUGCAACAGUAACCAUCUCUCACCGCUACACUCCAAAGGAACAGCUCAAGCAGCACACGAUUCUUGCUGACAUUGUGGUUGCAGCUGCAGGCAUCCCUAAUCUGAUUACAGCCGAUAUGAUCAAAGAGGGAGCUGCAGUUAUUGACGUUGGCAUAAACCGAGUCCGGGACCCUGUUACUGCAAAACCAAAACUUGUUGGAGAUGUGGAUUUCGAAGGUGUGAAGCAGAAAGCCAGCUACAUCACUCCAGUCCCUGGUGGGGUUGGGCCCAUGACAGUUGCCAUGCUCAUGAAGAACACCAUCAUUGCUGCAAAAAAAUUGUGGCGGCCUCAGGAGCUCGAAGCCCUAAGUGCCUAAUGCUGGACUUCCUAGUGGCAGCAGCAGCAUUCCAAAUCUCUUCCCAAACACAGCCUAAGGGACAAUGCAAUAUUUAUUUAUUGGCUGAAAGGUCAUCAGAGAGUCUCACUCUCGAGUAUUUAUUUUAAAACAAUUGUUUUUCAAGGCAAAAGGGUCCAGCAUGAUCCAGUGGUACCUCGGUUUACAAACACAAUUGGUUCCGGAAGUCUGUACUUAACCUGAAGCGAACUUAACCUGAAGCGAACUUUCCCAUUGAAAGUAAUGGAAAGUGGAUUAAUCCGUUCCAGAUAGGUCCGCGGAGUACUUAAACUGAAAAUACUCAAACCGAGGCGUACUUAAACCGAGGUAUGACUGUACAUUAUGAUUCCAAUCAUUUAAGCGUCUGCAUUUAUGUGCAGGAACCAAGCUUGAGGUUAGAAUACAGGGGAGUGAUUGAUUGUGCAAUCUCUCAAACCCAGCAGGAAGCUGUAACUGAGGGCCAAGUGUGUGUGUUCAUUGUACAAAAUGUGUCUUAGUGUGUACAUGGUACACCAACCUCCACUGAACCCAGGAGAUACUACGUUAUCUGCUGGGAUUAUACUACAGCUAUUCUGGAGUCAGAUGUUGCUAUUUUCUACAAAGCCUUAUUUGUAUGACCUUUCGAAGCUCUUGUAACAAAAGUUCUCAGUUCCUAAACAUUUUUUUCAAAGAUGGGAUGGACUCAAAAGCUAGACAGUAUUUUGAGAUAUAGUGUGUUAGCCUGCAAAACACUGUGCCUGUUCAAGCUUGCUUGCUAUUUACAUGGGCUGUUACUGGAGCUUGGAGGUUGCAUCUGAAUAAAAGCGAUUCUCAUAGCACAUUCAAACAUUUGCAUUCCAAUGUGUGCACUGACAAGGGGGGUCUUAAUUGUGCAGCAGCUGAGGAAGAAUAGUAACUUGGUGGUAACGCAUAUGUGCUGUGUGCCAAAGGUCCCAACUAAGUAUCCCUGGCAUUUGCCUGAAAUCCUGGAGAGCAGCUGCCGGUUCGUGUCCACUAAUGAUGCUAGUGUGUCCCCAGGUUUUUUUAAAUACCAAAUCUGUGUGGCCCAUGUGGUUUUUUUUGCAGUCUGGUUCCAUGUUUUGUGACACAUGACAUUUCCAAUAUGUGACUGCAUCUGAUUCUGCUAUUAGACUCUCUUUCCCCAAUCUGGUGCCCUCUAGGUAUGUGGUCAGCAGUGCCCAUCAACUCCAGCAUCUAGCUAUCUAUGCUGGCCAUGAAUCAUGGGAAUUGUAGUCUAAAGCAUCUAUAGGGGCACUGUGGUGCGGAAUCCUGGCUUACACCACCCAAGUCAUUUUAGAUGGUAUAAAUUUGAGAAUCCUUAGCAAUAUACUGAAUUGGCUCUUGAAGAUGGACAUGAUUUUCAUGAGCACAACACAAAUGGAAGAGGUUCAAAAAUUUAUUAGACUAUAAAUGUUACCAUAGUACCAAUGCAAUAGCUCUGGGGCUGAAAAUCUUUUGCUUUUGAAAUCGUGCAGUGUGAGCACUGCAGUGGUAAGUAGCUGAUGGUGGGAGUAACAGAUUUCACAAGCACAGGUGCAUGAAACACUUGGCUUCCACAAACACCCUUUUGAUUUUCAAAUCUUAAAACUUUAAAACAGUAUUGUUAAAGCAGCCUCUAGUAAGCAGUGCAACAGUAGCACACAGUAGUGGUACAAAAUAAGUAAGGAAAAUAUACAAGGCUAUGUUCAAGUUCAAGUUGUUCUUGCAGCCUUCACGGCUUGGCACCUUCUAAAGGUUUAGGAAUCCAAAUCCUGUGAACCUCCACUAGCAUGGCCAUGAUGCUACAAUGGACUGAUGGGGCACAAGUUGCAGGGAGGCUGAGUUAAUUCUAUUUAGAAGUUGCCCAGGCAUAAAACACGGUUUUGUUUAAUUUUGUCCAACAGUUAAUGGGUACUUGAUUGACAUAAUAUGAUAAAUAGGAUGCUAAAUUCAAGUUUCUCUUGUUUUGACUUCAAUAUUUACAAAGUUACAAGGAAAUCAGCAUUAAUUUCACACAGGUUCAAACCAGGUGCAAUAUUUAGCAGGGCAGAAUAUUCUGUACAUAAGAGUCCUGCUUUAGAAGUAAAGUAUCCUUUCCAAAGAAAACAUCAAGUCCUUGAAACUGCACAACAGGGAAGAAAUUGUAACUGAAAAAAAAUCCCAUGCCAAGAUGUUUUUCUGACAAGUAGAAGGCAUAGCUGACAAGUUUUCCCUUUUCUCGCAAGGCAGCCUAUUCAGCAUAAGGGAAUUUCCCUUAAAAAAAUGGAGAACUUGACAGCUAUGGUAGAAGGAAUGAUCUUUAAGCCAGUUAAGGCCAACAGCAAACAGCAAACGGAUAGCUUGACAGCCAGGUGACAAGCCACAAACUCACAUUUCUGCUGUAGACCGCCUUGUUUCUGUGACAGGUGUGUGAUGCUGUUUGGGUGGUCCUUGGCUAAGGGACAAUUUCUUAAAGCCUUGAAAAGUUCUUGUGCUCCUUUGAUCUGGGUCCUCACCUCCUACCAAGCAAGGGGGGGGGGGACUUCUGUUGCAACAGAAUAAUAAAGAUCUGCCUUGCUUUCACGGGA